GAUCAAAACUUGCGCUCAUGCGAGUCGCGAUUGUUGAGAAUUUGUGCCGUGCUGUCUAAUCAUUGAAACUUUCGCGGACGUGCUGUUUCCGCAAGUUAGCUCGAUUGUGGUGCGCACUUUCUCUCAGCGGAUAGGCCCGAGGAGGCUGCGGUCGAUGUGGGUCCACGGCUGACGCUGCCUGCCGAUAUGGCUCCCAAGUCUCGGAAAAUUGCUAUUAUGGGCUACCGAUCCGUCGGAAAGUCGUCGCUGACGAUACAGUUCGUGGAGAACCAGUUCGUGGACUCCUACGACCCCACGAUUGAAAACACAUUUCACAAGACCGUCAAGCUUAAGGGCCAGGAGUACAAUCUCAAGCUCGUGGACACAGCUGGGCAGGAUGAAUACUCUAUAUUUCCUCAGUCAUACUCCAUGGACAUCCAUGGCUACGUGUUGGUCUACUCGAUCAAUUCUGCAAAAAGUUUUGAGGUGGUCAGGGCGCUAUACGAGAAGCUCCUGGACAUGACUGGGAAAGUCCAUGUUCCCAUUGUUCUUGUUGGCAACAAAGUAGACCUAAGGGUUGAAAGGGUUGUUAGCUAUGAAGAGGGGAGGCAAGCUGCAGAAUACAUGAAAGCAGCAUUCAUGGAAGCUUCUGCAAAGCAGAAUCAGAGUGUGUUUGAGAUCUUCAGCACCAUGAUACAACAGAUUGACAGGGCUGACGGAAACGUGCCCGAGAAGCAAUCCUGUGUCGUCUCCUAAUCUCUGUGGAGCUUUCAUCUUCCUGGCACCCAUCAGAGACUGCUGGAAAGUGUUUGGGGCAGAAUAAAGAGGCCCGCUGCUCUUGCUCUUGCUGUGGGAUAGCCAUGUGCUGUGCCUGUGUGAAAGGGUGUGCUGCUUCUGCUGCCAAGAAUGUUUUUUCUGUUGUCCUGGUUGUAGAAAAAGAAAGGGGCGGCUAUGUUGUAUUUCUAAGUAACACGUACAACUGCUUGCAGUGCUUGAUCUACACUAGCUUCCUGUUUCUCUCAUUUGCCAACCUUUCAACACUCUUGGCAGGGGUUUGUAGGAUUGUAGGUCUGUGCUUUUUCCAGGAAUGCUGAAGCUUCUAAGUUUUUUUAGUGGGGCAUCAAAGUGCUGUAGUAGGAAAGCAUGUCGGUUGAUGUCUUAUGUUAUACGCACAAAAUAUGUUGUAGGGGUUCUCAUUGUACAAUACGCAAUGCUGUCAUGACGUGUCCUGUCCUCUGCUUUUUUUUUCUUUUCUAUGGCAAGUUUAUUUGGAAUGUCCUUGGUGAAGCUUUGUUUGUUUGUCACAUGAGCUGCCUUUGUAAGAGGCAGUGUUUUAAAGCCAACAGCUGCAUCGAAACAAGUUCCCGCUUUCGUUCCCACAAUAUAUUUUUUUUGCGGGAAAAAUGUAAAAAUUGUACUUACUCCAUUCUCCUGUCCUUUGAAUUUGUAAUCACGAAACAGCAUGACCGUUAGCUUUUACUAUCAUUACUAUAAGGAGGCUCAGCCAGGCUAGCGAUGGCUGAGAUGUGUAAACGACGUAAAAAGAAGAGACAGUUGUACUGCUGAAUCUGCAGAUCGCAAUAAAACUGUGAUACAGAGAAAGAAAAA